AUGAGCAGCAGCACCACCUUCUCCAUCAGCGCGGGGCCGGGGACGGACAUCUGGCGCAAGCCUCCCCACACAGACGUGUUCAACGCCCCAGCCGCUGCAGCGCCGAGUGUCACGGCAACGUCGGGGCCGUUGCUCAGCUUCGUGUCUGCGCGCGCGUCGUUCUCGUUUGCCUGGUCGGAGCAGUACGACCAGGGCGGGCUCCUGCUGAGCUUCCGGCCGCGGGCAGGCCUAGAAGGGGCCGACACCAAGGCUUCUUCAUCGUCGCCGACCAAGUGGGUAAAGACGGGCAUCGAGUUCUACAACAGGCGGCCGAUGCUGUCGACAGUGGCGUGCGACCGCUGGGCGGACUGGAGCGUGGGCCCGCUGACGACGUCUCCUGGCUCGGCCGGCGCCAAGACGUGGACGACCAUCUCGGUCGAGAGAGAGAUCAAUGAGAAUGCCACCAACGAGAACGGGUCGAGCUGGUGGGUGUACCAAAUUCUGGAGGGUGGGGAGAAGGUGUCCCUGCGUGAGAUCUGCUGGGUGUACGGCGAUGGAAACGAUGCCGAGAACUGGGAGCUCGAGGUCCUGGCUAUGGCCGCAAGGCCAGAGAAGAACGUCAACACCAGCCUCGAGGUCGAGGUCAGGGACAUGGAAGUAAAGUGGGCGGCAUGA